UACGACCUCACUUUACGUUCAACUCAUCUCCGUGGCUGAAUUAUUUACAUAUUUGCGCAGAAUUAAAUAUUUUCGUGUAAGUAAAAUGUCCCAGGAGAUUCCGCACUGGAUCCCGGUCGUGGACUUGUCCCCGAUUCGGGGCGAGUAUGGCGAUAUCACGAAGGAAGCCUACGCCAAGGUGGUCACUCAACUGGGCGACGCCAUGAGCGGGAUCGGCUUCUGUUACUUGGUCAACCAUGGGAUCGAGACGGCCAAAGUGGACCACGUGUACGACGUGUCCCGAAAAUUCUUCGCUAAACCCAUCCAAUACAAGAGGAAGUAUUUGAAGGUCAAUCCUCCCGAAAAUUUCCAUGGGUAUACGGAACCUGGAGCGGAAUUGCUGAACGAGGCUGAAAAGAAUUCCACCGAAUUACGGGAAGUUUGGGAUAUGUGGGGUUGGUGGGGGCCGAAUAAGUCGUGGGAAGAGGCGUGUCCUGACCCCGUCGAGUCGCCCGGAUUCACGGAAGCGUUCGAAGCCCUUCGCCCCGAGAUGGACAACGUGUCCAAAAAACUCUUCAAACUCCUCGCCCUCUACUUGCAACUGGAUGACGAGGACUUUUUCAUCAAACGUCACCGCAACCUGGGCGACCUCUCGAUCCCGUGUCAGACGCAGAUGAGGUCAAUGUUCUACGACGUCGUCUCCCCGGAUGCCAAACUCCCUCCGGGUGCCAUCCGUUGCGGUGAACAUUCCGACUGGGGUAGCAUCACGCUCCUCUUCCAGGACAGUGUUGGUGGGCUCGAGGUUCAGAACGUGUUGGGUGAGUGGGUCCAGGCGACCCCCAUUCCGGAUUCGAUCAUCCUUAAUUCCGGUCAAUUGAUGGAACUCUGGACUGGAGGACGUCUUCAUGCCGCUCUCCACCGCGUCAAAAUUCCCGAGAGCGCGGACUCCUCUGGCAAACUGUUCCAACAGCCGAGACAAAGUUUUAUCUAUUUCGUGAACCCGGACGGCCCCGAGCGCGUGUCCCCCGUCCUCCCGAUCCGCGAGGGGAAAGAGGAACUCGCCACGAAACCCACCCUCGUCGCCUUCGACCACUACAAAGCACGCAUCGUCGAAGCCACCAUGCUCGGAUAUUGAUCAAAUCUCCUACAUUUUUUCAUCCUUGACACACUCGUGACCUUUGACACGAUCCCUUCCACUGUAAUUUGCAUAAAGCCAAACUAUCACCCGGUCGAAUAAAAAACAUUGAUUAAAAGGAUUGAUCCCGAGAAA